AUGCGCUCCGCCUUGCUGCAACUGCAGCCUCUGUGUACCGCACAUCUGAAACGGCGUUAUUCUUCUCGCCACUUCAUAUCGAGCCUGUUUUCUAGAUACAGUGCUAAAGUCAAUCCGCCUAAUCCUGCAAAACCUGCGGUAGACACGGCUGACAGCUCACAAAGCGUAGUCGGCACCGUUCCAUAUCAUACCGCUUACACGCUCUUGCGACAUCCGUAUCAGCCAUCGACGUACCCAGCAAAGCUAGACAAUAGCUUCUCACCUCUGGGGCGUCGUCUUAUGGUUCAAGGGACGCAGAAGGGGGAGAUAGUCAAUUUUUACUGGGAAGACGAGGAUCCGCGGGUUCAGUCUGGUGAUUCUCCAGCUAGCGGGAACAAGAAUCGUUUUCCAUACAUAACAUUUGCGGCCUCCGCGUCCGAGGGAUCUCCGUCAAAAUCUAGUGAAGAGGGCGACUUUCUCGGCCGCCGACCAUACUAUCCUAUUGGGGUCACAAUAGAACAGGGCAACGUAUCUCAUGAUGACUCUGAGAUCCACAAGGACAGCACAACAACACCGCAGUUUCCCCCGAACGAAGCCUUUCUUUUCGUUUGCACACAUGCGGCGAGGGACUGCAGGUGUGGUGAUCAAGGGAAUGCGUUUGUAGAUGCUCUACGUGAAGAGCUUAACAAGCGUCAGCACUCUACGAAUUUGGGAAAGGAUGAGUUGGAUAAGGAUCAGUCCGAGUUUGUACGUGGACUUGAGGCAGUUUGUGAAGAGUUUAUAGGUGAAGGCGAUGCACAAGGGGAGAAGAAGGCGAGGGAAAUGCUUGAUGCUGUGUGGUCACGGAUAAGGAUAGGCGAAGUUGGACACGUAGGCGGACAUAAGUAUGCAGCGAACUUACUUGCCUUCCCGUUCGGUGAUUGGCUAGGCAACCUUACUCCUGCACAUGCACCACUCGUACUCGAUGCCAUAGCCUCUCGUCUUCUACUCUUACAAAUGCUAGAGAGCCGAAAAUUUGACAAUAGGGCAGGGCAAAGCGGAUCCGACGUCAAUGGUGACGGAAAAGUGAAUGUUGUAGAGGCUCUUUCUGUACCAUUGAUUCUUGACCCGACAAUCUGGCGUGGGCGAAUGGGGCUGUCGAAAGACGAGCAGACGAUGUUGUUCGAACGAUAUUCUAGAAACGCUGGAGAUUAUACCGCUACAACGAAAUAA